AUGAUUUCUCCAGUUAAAACCUCCGUGGCUUCUCCGGCCACCACCAAGGGAGUUGCCGUGCAUCUCUCCUACAACCCCAAGACCAACGAGGUGGCUUACGCCAACACCAAGGCAGUGCUUCUGGUGAAUCUCGACAAGCCCAACGAGGCUCGGCAGUUCAAUGGCCACAUUGCGCCAACCACCGUCGCCAAGUUCUCUCCUUCAGGCUUCUAUGUCUGCUCCGGCGAUCAGGCUGGCAACGUCAAGGUCUGGGACCCUGUCUCUUUCAACAUCAAGUACGAAGCCAAGAUCGGCAAUGGUCGAAUCAACGAUCUCAACUGGGAUGCUGACUCUCAGCGAAUCAUUGCUGUGGGCGACGGCACAGAGAGAUACGGUCAUUGCUUCACUUUCGACACUGGUAACACUGUCGGAGAGAUCUCUGGUCACGGAGCUCAGGUCAAUGCUGUCGCCAUCAAACCCGUUAGACCCUACCGAGCUGCUACCGUCGGCGAUGAUGCCACUCUCGUCUUCUACAAGGGUCCUCCCUUCAAGUUCGACCACACCGUUAAGCAGCAGCACAGCAACUACAUCCACGACGUUGCUUUUUCCCCUGAUGGAAAGUGGCUUGUUUCGGUUGGAGCUGACAGAAAGGCCGUUCUUUAUAACCAGGAUGGUGAGCCCGUCAAGACUAUUGACGCACAUGGCGGCUCCAUUUACUCCGUCUCCUGGGCCCAGGAUUCCACCCACUUCGCUACCGCCUCUGCAGACAACACUGUCAAGGUCUUUGAUGUCGAGGGUAAAGAGAUUGACACAUUCAAGUUUGACCAGUUCCAGGUCGGUGUAGUCUGGGCUGGCGAUUCCCUUGUGUCAGUUGGACUGGACGGCACCCUGUCCUUCUCCUCUGUGAGCAUAGAUGCCCUGUCCAAGCUGUCUUUGACUGAGUCCAAGGUCAUUGCCCACCAGCAGCCCAUUUCUGCUGUCGAGACUCUCAAGGGCAAGAUAUACUCUGGCUCUGUUGACGGAUCCAUUCUCGAGUGGACCGGUGACAAGGCCUCUCCUUCUGACGCCUCCCACUCUACUUACAUUGUCUCUCUCAGUGACUGUGAUGGAAGCCUGGCAUCAGUUGCUUGGGAUGAUACUUACAAGCUCAACAACACAGUCUACUCGAUCGGCACCCAGCCCAAGGCUGCCGAUUCUCGAGGUUCUCUCUCUGCCAUCGUGACUGAGAACACUCUGCACAUCCUUGAUAGCGGUAAGCUUGUCAAGAAGGUUUCUAUUGAUCGGGGCUCUGCUGUUGCUAUUGCUGACCAGGUUGUUGUGGGAUCUAAGUCGGGAGAGCUCUCUGUCUACUCUACAACCGGUGAGAAACAGUUUGAUCUCCCUCCUCUUCGUGCUGCUGCCACAAAGCUUGCUCUUAGUGAAAAUGGUAACCUUCUUGCUGCUGGCGAGUCCACUGGUAAGAUUAUCCUAUACGACCUUUCAACUAAGUCUGUUGUCACCUCUCGAUGGACCUUCCACACCGCUCAGAUCAACGAUAUUGACUGGCUUGGAAACGAGUACAUUGCCUCUGUUUCUCUGGACACAAACAUUUACAUUUACUCCGUCAAGACCCCCAUGAAGAACCUCAAGUCUCUGAACGCUCACAAGGAGGGAGCCACCGCAGUGCGAUGGCUGGCAAACAACGAAAUCGUCACUGGUGGUGCUGAUGCUGUUCUCAAGUGGUGGUCUGUUGAGCUUAGCUAA